CGCGAUGUCGAAGUGGACGUUCGUGUGUGUCUGCGCCGCGGCGGUCCUGGCGGAGGAGGGCUCGCGCGUGGUGCGGCUCGCGCAGGGGCCCGUUCGAGGGUACAGAGACGCUGACGGAGACCUGUUCGCUUUCUACGGCGUCCCGUACGCGACCGCGCCUACUGGAAAAAAUAAAUUCAAGCCACCCAUGCCACCACCGACUAAUGAAGAAGUCUUAGAGGCUGUAGACAGAGGAAUAAUAUGUCCUCAGGCGAGCAUGGAUCCUUUCACUGCGAUUAUUGUAAAGAAAACUAUGAAAGAAGAUUGCCUCAUUGCGAAUAUAUUUGUGCCUGAUACACAGAAUAAAAACCUACCAGUUUUAGUAUACAUCCACGGAGGCGGUUUCCAAAUGGGUUACGGCCAUUUGUGUCAAGUAAAAAAUCUAAUUAGAACCAAGAAAUUGAUCGUCGUAACAUUUAACUACCGCCUUGGCGUGCAUGGUUUUCUAUGUUUGGGUACGAAAGACAUUCCCGGUAAUGCUGGUAUGAAGGAUCAAGUGGCUUUACUGCGCUGGGUAAAAGAAAACAUACAUGCGUUUGGUGGAAACCCUAACGAUGUAACCUUAGGCGGCGGCAGCGCUGGUGCGGCAUCAGCGGAUCUACUAAUGCUGUCGAAAGCUUCUAAAGGUUUAUUUAAUAAAGUAAUACCAGAGAGUGGUUCUAGUUUGGCAGCUUUUGCAAUGCAACCAGAUCCUUUGGAAAACGCCAAGAACUUUGCAAAUCAGUUAAAUUUUACAAAUACCAAUGAUAUUUAUGCUUUGGAAGAGUUUUAUAAGUCUGCUACCCUGGAACAGCUCACAAUAGAUACGUUCAUUGAUAAAAAAGACUCUACAUUUGUUUUCUCACCGUGCGUUGAACGCAAUAUCGGCGAGGAAGUCUUCCUCGAUGAAGACCCCCUCACAAUUUUACAGAAUGGAAACUACGAGAAACUUCCCUUACUCAUCGGUUUCGCUAACAUGGAGGGUUUAUUACGUAUCGAUUUCUUUGAAACGUGGAAAAAUGCAAUGAAUGAAAAGUUUUCUGAUUUCCUACCAGCUGAUUUAACUUUUAAAAAUGAGGAGCAAAAACAAGAAAUUGCCAACAUUGUCAAACAAUUUUACUUUGGUGAUAAACCUGUAAAUAAUGACAAUAUCCUAUCGUACGUGGAUUUCUUUUCGGAUGUUAUAUUCAAUGUUCCGGCUUUGCGGUCUGUUGAGUUCCAUUUGAAGAACGGUCACGACAAAGUGUAUCUCUACGAAUACUCAUUUACUGAUGACGAGAUUCCUUUGGUUCCACACACGGAAGUGCGUGGCGCUAACCACUGUGCACAAACCAUAGCUUUACUAGACGGAAAAAAUGUAUUUGAAAUGGAUGAAAAUAAAUGUUCUGAAGAAUUCAAGAAAAUGAAGUCCGUAGUAAGAGAACUAUGGACUAACUUCGUAACAACUGGAUUCCCAGUGCCGGUAGGUUCAGAGUUCCCGUCAUGGCCGGCCGUGCGCGCGAACUUGACGCCGUACAUGUCGCUGGGACGGACGCUGGAGCUGAAGGGUGCUUUGCUGGAGCGGCGCGUGCGCUUCUGGAACGAUAUUUACGACAAAUACUACCACACGCCUCUGCCGCCACCAGCAUAUGCUAGAUUAAAUACUGAACUGUGAAUUUUGCAUUAAUAUUUGGUUAUGAAACAUAUUAUAAGUGUGUUAAACGAAUGAUAGACAAAGAUAUAAUACAUAGUAUGUUUUUUUUUCUAUUUACUUAAGGGGGUUUUUUGGUUUUAAAUACCAACGACAUUUAUGCUUUGGAAGAGUUUUAUAAGUUUAGGUAAAACACCUAUACUAAGCACUUGACAGCAAUUUGAAGCUUCCUAGAUUGAGAUGUCUUUACCUGGUGGGACGUAACGCCAACGUGAAUGAAAUAUUGAUGAUCCUAUUUUGAAAGAAAAUAUAUUAUGUAAAAAAUAA